AUGCAUGAUGUGGUACGUGAUGUAGGGCUAUAUAUAGCCUCUGAUCAGCGUGAAGAAAGAUUUGCGGUAAGCCAUAGAGUCGAAUCGAAUAAGGAUGUUGUUCCUGAGAAAUACACUUCCAGUGCACUGAGAACCGGUAAAAGUAGUCACAGAAAUGAGCUUUUACUGUUGUCAUGCAUGAGUAAGUACUCAUCGGAGCUAGCAGCCACUACUAUGUUUGAAGGAAUGAAAGAGCUCAAGGUCUUGGACAUCAAGAGAACAAUCAUAUCGCCCAUACUGUCAUCACUCCCGCUUUUCGAAAACCUUCGAGUGCUGUAUCUAGAGUAUUGCGAUUUGAGAUCAGAAAUGGUGGGAGCUGUCAUUGGGAGGCUGGGGACACUCAUGAUACUCAGCUUACGGGGGAGUCAAAUUUCACAAUUACCUGAUGAGUUUAAAAACUUGUCUGAUCUAAGGUUGCUGGAUUUGACUGGAUGUAGUGUACUCAGAAGCAUUUCACCAGGCGUCAUAUCAAGUUUAUCCCGACUGGAAGAGUUGCUCAUGUGGAAUAGCUUUGAGAAUAGCGCUAAGAGCUGGUUGGGCGAGCUAGUUUCCUUGGGUCGUUUGACUAAUUUAGAAAUGUUUCUGCCAUCAGUUGGCAAUCUGGGAAACAGCCUGCUAUUUGAAAAGCUUGAAAGAUUUCAGAUCUCUAUAGGAUCAAUGCAUGAAAAAGCGGUUGUAAACCCUAGUGACAACUACUUGAGACUUCAUGAUGUUGAUGCAAUCUAUCUAUUGGGUACUGGAAUCAUUGAGUUGCUAAAGAAAACUGGUACGUUAGAUAUAAAAAUGAGGAAUUUGUCGUGCCCUCUGAAUCUUGCCUUGGAUACAGAAUGUUGGGAAAACUUGACGGAUCUUACGCUAGAGGACUGUUAUGGUCUGCAAUAUCUCAUAGACAUGACACUAAUGGCUCCACGAUGCGUCUUUCCUGUCUUGUAUUCACUGAAGCUCAAGGGACUCAGGUGGCUGGAGAAGAUAUAUCACGGUGAGCCGACAUUGGGGUCACUUCAACGACUAAGGAAGUUGACUUUAUCUGAUCUAUCUGCAUUGAAGUAUGUUUUGAAGAUAGAAAGUCAAUCUUCAAUCCUCAGAAAUUUAGAAGAGCUAUACAUACAAGAUUGUCAGUCCUUGGAAGAGAUUUUUGCCUUUGAAGGAUCAGGACAUCACGAGGAAGAAGCCAAUGAAAUUACCUUCCUAAAUUUGACACGCUUGACUCUUCAUAAUCUACCGAGCUUCAUUGGGAUAAGCAAGAACAUCUAUAAGACCAACUUUCCUCAAUUGAUCACAAUGGAUCUCCGAACGCUGCCCAAGUUCACCAGACUCUGCCGGAAUGGUUUGGCUCCAGAUUGUGGCUAUGACGCUGUACAACAUCUACUGGACCCCAAGGUUGAUUUUCCAGAGUUGAGAGAACUAAGAAUUUGCUUCCUUAAAAACUUCAAAGAGAUAUGGAACAACCAACUUUCACCACGCUCCUUCAGUAAAUUGAGAUGUCUUAUAGUAUCCAACUGUAGCAAACUCGUGCAUUUGGUACCCACAUUUAUGCAAAGUAGACUGCAGCAGUUAGAGAUGAUAAGCGUGGAAGACUGUCCUUCAAUAGAAGAGAUUUUUGAAUUCAGAAGACUGAGUGUCGCCGAAGAGAUGCAAAUAAACAAGAUCAUCGAUUCCAGACAAACUCAUGGCGUUCCGCAUUUGUUAUCAUUAAACAUCUAUGGUUGUAACAGUUUGAAAAAUCUGCUAUCUCCUUCCAUUGCCAGAAGUCUUGGACAGCUCAUGAGUAUAACGAUGCAUGAGUGCCAUAAGAUAGAAGAAAUAAUCACAAAACCAGCAAGGGGUGAUGAAACAGAAGAUAAAAUUAUGCUCCCUCGGCUCAAGUAUUUGAAAAUUUGGAAUCUAUCAAGUCUCAUAGCUUUUUCUCAAGGCAAUUAUAAUUUUGCUUGGCCAUCAAUGAAAAAGUUGAGUACUGGCAACUGCCCUAAAAUGAUUAAAUUCUGUUCAGGAUCCCUCAACAUACCAAGGGACGUGUAUCUCGAUGUCAAGGGGAAUAAUAUUAUGCAGGAGCUCGAUAUGUGUAGGAAGUAA